AUGUCUUUCCUGCGGGCAGGCUUUUUUGGAUCAAUUGCUUGUUUCGUGCUUCAGAUCACCGACAAACUCGGUAAACUACAAUAUAUCCCCUUUCCUACGUGCAACGAGACUUUCCUCCCUCUUGCGCUACGCUACGGCGUUCCUGAGACCGUCAAUUGCACCAUCAAUUCCCUCUCCGAUGAGCUUUACCAUCUCCUCGAAUACUACGUGCACUCCGAUGUGCCCAUGACCUGUCGCAUUCCCACGGGGCCCCUCUCACCAUCCGCAGCCUCGUACACCGACUCCGAUGGUGAGGUCGUCGGCACUGAACUUGCUGCCCUGGCCGAGGACGGGCCCUCCUACACACCCAUCACUUUUGCACUUCAGGGAACGCUGCAGCGCAGCCAUCUGCACAUUUGGACGGAUAUGAACGUGGUCAUGCACAAUAUCGCGUCGACGGGCAAGUUCAAUAAUCCCAAGAAGAAGACUCCACAAAGUCCCGGCUACGUCGUUGCGGGAACUGCAUACUCAGUGCCCGAGUUCGACGUUGCGCUUCUCAAAGGCGAAAAGAAACCUUUGAACAGCGAUGAGAUUGAGGCGGCUGCUGCCGCUGUAGUGGAGGCCGCUCGUGAGCCUUGGACGGCUGGCCACGGUACCAAGGUCAUUCGGGGACAGCCGCUUACAUUCACAUUCCAUGUAAACUGGAUUGAAGGCGGCGGGGGAAUUGGAUGGCCGUCGCGAUCGUCAUCGUCGGCUUCGUCUGCUAGUGAGUCUGGCCCAAUGGGCAUUUUCUCGAAAUUGUUUUUCUUCGUGAUGGCUGCGUCUGUGGGCGCCUUGUUGGCGAUCUUCUGGGAGCGGAACGGGGCUCGUCGCCGAGGCGGGUGGAAAGGAGACGGGAUUCUGGGAGUGCCGUCGCGGGGGUCAGGAUCUAUUGGGAUCACGUAUGGAAAUGGAGGGAAGAUGAAUGGGUAUGGGGGGUACAAUUCCGCUAGCAGCUCGUCCAUGACAGGAAAUGGAGGAGGAUAUGGAGGAUUUACAGUGGGCAAGAGAGACUGA